AACCGCCGCCCCGCACUCCGCAGGCCCCGCCGCCCACUCCGCCUCCGCCAGGCCCCUCCCCCGCCACCGGCGAGCCCCGCCCCCGCCGCCCUCCGCCCCGCCGCUCCGCCCCGCCUCACCAGCGACGGGAUCUCGCCGGAGCCGGCGUCGACGCACUGCCACAUCUCCUCCCGCCAACGUUCUUCUCAACGGCAAGUUCAAUCUCAGUAGAUACAAUUGGAUUUGAUUCUCAAGGUCUCUGUGCAAGCGGGCCAAUUUUCCCCCAGAUACCCCUCCGCGCCUCCCUCCGCGGACGCCGCAUCCUUCCGCCGCCUCCCUCCUGCAGACGCCGCCACCCGCGCCUCCUUCUGCGGCCGCCGCCUCCACAGACCGCGUCCCUGCCCUCCGCCAGCUCCUGUCUAUCCCCGCCCGUCCGCCGUCGUCCCUCUGCCCAGAUCCCGGCCGCCGGCUCCCAUCCAUCCCCACAGGCGGCCGCGACUGUCCAUCGCCAACGCCACAAGAGGAGUAGGAGGACGCGUCUGAUCGCCCCACUGUUUUCACAUCUCUCCUCGCUUCAAGGUUGAGCUGCUCUGAUUCAAUCAAUAAAGAAGGGCGAAAGGCUAGGUGAGCUCUUGCUGCUGCUAGAAAUACUUACACCAGGAUCAUGGCAAGCCUUGCCGAUUCUUUUCUAGCGGAUCUUGAUGAACUGUCAGACAAUGAAGGCUAUCCUGAAGCAGACAAUGCUGAGGCAGCUGGUAUGGAGGAGGAUGGUGAUGAUGAUAUGCCUGACCUUGAGUCUCUUAAUUAUGAUGAUCUAGAUAGUGUCUCAAAGUUGCAGAAGACACAACGCUAUAAUGACAUAAUGCAAAAAGUUGAAGUUGCACUUCAGAAAGGCACUGACUUCUCCAAUCAAGGUUCCAUCCUGGAGGAGGAUCCAGAGUACCAGCUAAUUGUUGAUUGCAAUGCUUUGUCCGUAGAUAUUGAGAAUGAAAUCAUCAUAAUCCAUAAUUUCAUACGUGACAAGUAUAGGUUGAAGUUUCCUGAACUGGAGUCCCUCGUUCAUCAUCCGAUUGAUUAUGCCCGUGUUGUCAAAAAGAUUGGAAAUGAGAUGGACUUAACACUUGUAGAUCUGGAAGGGCUUUUACCUUCUGCAAUUAUAAUGGUUGUCUCAGUGACAGCAUCAACAACAAGUGGGAAGCCUCUUUCCGAGGAGAAUUUGGAAAAAACUGUUGAAGCAUGUGACAGAGCCCUUACCCUCGAUACUGCAAAGAAGAAAGUGCUUGAUUUUGUAGAGAGCAGAAUGGGUUACAUUGCACCAAACCUUUCUGCUAUUGUUGGUAGUGCUGUUGCCUCGAAACUGAUGGGUACUGCUGGUGGUCUGGGAGCGCUUGCAAAAAUGCCUGCCUGUAAUGUUCAGUUACUUGGUGCAAAGAGGAAAAAUCUUGCUGGAUUUUCUACUGCCACAUCUCAGUUUCGUGUUGGCUAUCUUGAACAAACUGAAGUAUUUCAGAGCACACCUCCAGCUCUGAGGACUAGGGCGUGCAGGCUUAUUGCUGGAAAGUCAACUCUAGCGGCAAGGAUUGAUUCAAUUAGAGGUGAUCCAACUGGAAAAGCUGGGCGGAACUUGUUAGAAGAAAUUCGUAAGAAGAUCGAGAAGUGGCAAGAACCGCCUCCUGCAAAGCUUCCAAAGCCACUUCCUGUUCCUGACUCUGAGCCUAAAAAGAAGAGAGGAGGUCGUCGGCUUCGAAAAAUGAAAGAAAGAUAUGCGCAAACUGAUAUGAUGAAGCUUGCCAACCGGAUGCAAUUUGGGAUUCCAGAGGAGAGCUCAUUAGGUGAUGGCUUGGGGGAAGGUUAUGGCAUGCUCGGACAGGCAGGAAGUGGCAAGCUGCGUGUUUCAGCUGCACAAAACAAGCUUGCUGCUAAAGUGGCGAAAAAAUUCAAGGAGAAGAGCUAUGGUAGCAGCGGUGCAACUUCAGGAUUGACAUCUAGUUUGGCAUUUACACCAGUUCAGGGAAUAGAGUUGUCAAAUCCACAGGCCCAAGGGAACCCGCUUGGAGGUGGAACUCAAAGUACCUACUUUUCUGAGACUGGCACAUUUUCGAAGAUCAGAAGGACCCAGUAGAAGCUGAUUUCCCCCUUGCAACCAUCGUAUCUCAUUUGCACUGCACUUGUUGAAAUCCUUGGGAUGCGUUGUUGAACAAUCCAAAAAUCCAGCAUGUAAUGUUCCCAGUCUUGUUUUCCAAUUGAAGCAAAUUCCAGAGAUUUUGGGAUAGCAAUACACAGUUCUUACUGAUGCUUCAGACGCCUUUUCAA